AUGGCACGCUUUAAAAGAUUAGCCGAUUCUUUGAACUAUAAAGGGCCAGUUAUUGCAAUGACAGAUAAUACUAAAGUUUAUCCCCAUCUUGGCUAUUUCGCAAAUCUUGGAUGUAUUAUUGGUUCUGUUUUUUCGCUUGACCAAACAAUGGUUAAUGAUUAUAAUGAAGCAGAAUCAGUUAUUCAAAAUAUAAUUUCGAACAAUGCAAUAGCAAAGCAAGUUCGUUUGUAUUUACUUCAAAUACCUUUACCAAAAUUUCCACCAGUCAUAAUCGGGUUGGUUCCAAAUAAUGGAAAUGAAACAUCUACACAAAUAUUAAAAAUGCAUGAAAAAGUGCUGGAGUUAGCUCGACAACUUUUGAUUCACAUAGUUUCUAUAGGAGCCGACGGUGCUAUUUCAGAAUUUAAUGCUCAAAAGCAUUUAAUGUCUAAAAAUACUGGACUGACAAAGACACGAUUACUUACUUUGGGACAUUAUAAAGCAACGUAUGAUCAAGUGUUUGAUAUGUGUGAACAAGAUGAUAGCGUUUUGUAUAAAAAGGACGUUAUUAAUUGUGAUCGCCAAGAUGAUGGCGCUAGCUAUCGUCUUUUCUGUUCUUCACUUCUUAAUCAAGUUAUAAAUUCAAAUACUCCUAAAACUAUUCGAUAUGGACUUUUUGUUUAUUUGUUUGUAAUUGGCGAGUUAAUUGACGCAUAUCAAAACAGAACGAUUUCACAUUUAGAAAGAGCUCGAAUGGCUAUGAUGGCAUAUUUUUUUCUUAUCAUUUGGAAAUCAUAUAUUGCAUCGGUUGGAUUAGCUAAUCCUAAUUAUAUUAGUCUUGAAAAAAAUUUUCUUGCAACACAAACAUUUAAUAUUUUGACAAGUUUAGCAAAAUCAUUAGCAUAUAUGAAUGGCACUUUAAAUGAAGUGAUUAAAGAUAAAACUUCUGGUGUUGGCUAUAUCACACAUUAUAAUACUGGAACGCUUGCAGAAACAAUUAAUAUAUUACAUCAAUGGCCUUCAGAUGAAGAUUUGCUUUGUGCUGUUCAUGAGGGGUAUCAACAAGCUUGUGAUUUGGCAAAAGUUCUUUCAAUGUCGGAUGAUGAAAAUGAUGAUUUUUUUGACUAUUUUAAUGAUUCGAUCCAAAGCAAUGAAAUAUUAGAUUCACAUGCAAUUGCUAUGGUAGCAAACACUGUAGCUGAUUCUAAUACUAUAGAGAUCCGUGAUGAUGAUAUUGAAAAUGAUUUAAGAGAUGCACGUUCUGAGUUAACUUUUUUAUUGUCAAAUGCAAAUUUUUCAAAUAUUCAUGAUUUAGAGACAUGUGAAAACUUUUAUACUGGCAUUACUGAAGCAGGAACUUUAGAUAUUUCUUACUUAGUUAACUUACAAAAAAAUCAUAAAUGUUAUAGUAACCAGGAUAUGGAGCGAAAGACUAUUUGUAGAAUUCAGAAUUUUAAUCAUAUAAAUGCUGUUUCUCCAAAUAUGAUAAGUAGUCUAAUUGCAAAUCGUAUAUCAAAUAUUGAAAUAUCACAGACUGAGAAAUUACGUGGAAUUCAGUGGAAAAAUUGUUGUCGUCUAUCUGUAUUAUCAAGUACAAAUAAAAAAGUUGAUCUAAACGGAAUAACUGUUGCUAAUAUCAGUGAACAUAAUCCUCUUCACAAGCAUGGUUAUGGAUUUUCUUAUAUUAAUCACGAAAUUUGUCUUGUACAAAUUUUAGCACUGUAUCAGAAGAAUUCUAAUUAUCAUUCUUAUAUGCGUGAUGAUGUGUUUAAUAUAGAUUCAUUAUCUUACUUAUCGGUAAAGGUUUUUUUUCCACUUCGAAAUAAUAUUUUUUCGCCUCUAGCUAAUUCUGGAUAUAUGGUUUUUAGUCAUAUUAAUGCUAAGUUUUUCAUUUAUUUUCUUGGAUUUGGUGAUUUUAUUCAUGUUGAUGAGCAGCAUAAUUUGAUAACUCUUAUUGGAAAAGCUUUAGAGUUAUAUAGGUUUUUUAAUGAAUGCUCUACGAAGAAUUUGUUACGAAUUAUUGUUCAUUCUGAAGUAAAAAAGGAUUAG